CUCCCCAUUUUCAAAGUCAACUUGGUAAGAAAUCUACAAUGUGAAUAUUUCAAUAUAUCAACAUUUCUUUCAACUUACUAGCAGUUUUACACGCAAAAAGGUAAGUUGUCGUCAAUAGAGUGAAAUUGCGCUUGUUUUGUUUGUCAGAAACGUUCAUUCUUUGUCUCGGAAUGUCUCAGAUGCUGCCGAACCGCAUCUGCAUCUGCAGCAGCUUGAUGAACCCCCGCUAUUUCUUGACGACGACGGAAUCCCACGGCAAUCGACAUCCAUUCAAUUCAUCUUCUUCUCGAUUAAUCACAACUUACUAGCUGCGAAUAUCGUUUCAUUCAUUAUAUCAUGGAGUUAGCUUCGCAGAAUGAUGAAAGAGCUACCGCGAUGGAAGAUGCGCUACGAUACGAGAUCAAAAGCGAUAACGAUAUCGGGAAGCUCAGCUUAUCGCAGUUUCCGGACGAGUUGAUCCUCGAAAUCCUAUCAUAUCUAGACGUCAAUGACUUGCUAAUUGCUUCACGAUUAUCUCAUCACCUUCGAACUCUUUCCCUCGAUCCCCUUCUCCAUGCACAGCGUCUUCAUGAUGCAUCCAACGCCCUGUCACGCUGUCUUUCCCUUCGAGCUCCUCUUACAGAUCUCAUGAAUCGGCGGAUAUACAUUACCCGGACUUCACUUGCUGCCCGAAGUCUGGGGAGGAGUCUUAUCAAGAUAAAAUUGAAUAGACAACUUGGGCAAAGACCUUCGAUCGAGACGUUGGUCGAGAAAAAUGUAUUGCCGAAAGAAUGCUAUGGAUAUGGGAAUGGGAAAGUAGCACCGGGGCUAGUGGGGAUCAAGAGAAAGGUAGAGAGGGAAAGGGUUAAAGAUGGACUUAGGGCGUGGGUGGAGGGAUGGAGGGGGAGGGUGGGAGAAAAGGAGAGAGAGAUUGAAGGGACGAGGGAAGGAAAGGUGGAAGUAAGGUGGUUGGUUAGGAGGUUUGCUGGGAGGGAUGUAGAUAGGGGUGAGGGUGCUGCAGGGAAAGGGACGUGGGGUAAGAAGGUUGAGCGGAGAGAACUUCCGGCGAGGGCGAAGGUCCUAGGGCUGAGGAGAUUUUGGGAGAAGGUUGGGAGAGAAGGUUUGGGAGUCACUGGAAAUGGUUUGGGUAAUGAUUAA